AUGGCGAGCGAAGCAUGGGCUGGGGCCAACCAUGACCCUUCACUACUGAUACCAGGAGAUCCAAACCAUCCCGAGCACAAGAGGAACAGUAUCACUGAGCUUCCUGCCGUUGUCGAUGGCAAGCCGACCCUUCGAUCAGACAUCGUUGGCUACGGUGAUGACUUUCCGACCGACGAGGAACUGCAUCAGCUUCCUCGUGUUGCCGACCACAUCAAUUGGCGCAUCUAUGCUAUCGCCUUCGUUGAAUUGUGCGAGCGCUUCUCAUACUACGGCACUCAGGUUCUCUUUCAGAAUUUCAUCCAGCGGAAUCUCCUGACACCCACGGGCGCCGCUCCAAACCCCGGCGGUGAAACGGGCAACAAUCCUGGUGCGCUUGGCCAAGGUCAGCGUACAGCAACUGGUCUCAGCACAUUCUUUUCCUUCUGGUGCUACUUCACACCUCUGUUCGGAGCCUGGGUGGCCGAUACCUAUCUUGGCAGAUACAACACCAUCCUCAUCUCAAUCGGUACUGCACUUGUUGGCCAUGUGAUCCUGGUCGGAGGUGCAGCGCCAUCAGUGCUGAAGAACCCCGACAGUGCUAUGGCCGCAUUCAUCAUCGCCAUCAUUAUCUUCGGCCUCGGUACCGGUGGUUUCAAGCCAAACAUUUCGCCCUUGAUCGCGGAACAGAUUGUCGGCGAGAAGCUCAGGGUCGAGACUCGCAAAAAUGGGAAGAAGGUUAUCGUAGAUCCCGCCCAGACGUCUGCCCGCAUCUACAACUGGUUCUACCUGUUCAUCAAUAUCGGUGCGUUGAUUGGUCAAUUGACCAUGGCAUAUACCGCGCUCUACGUCGGCUACUGGUUGGCUUUCUUGCUGCCGACUAUCAUGUUCAUCUUCUGUCCAUUGGUGAUGGUGUUGGGAAAGAAGUACUACAAGCUCCGCCCACCACAGGGUAGCGUUCUCGGGCCGGCAAUGAAGCUCUGGUUCUUCGCCGCGAAGGGCCGCUGGUCUAUCAAUCCGUUCAAGACAGUGAAGAACAUGAGGGACAUGUCAUUCUGGGAGAACGUCAAGCCCAGUCGAAUCCCCGUUGAACAGCGCCCGAAGUGGAUGACCUUCGAUGAUCACUGGGUCGACGAGGUCCGCAGAGGCUUCAAGGCGUGCACGGUCUUCCUGUGGUAUCCGUUGUAUUGGGUCACGUACAAUCAGAUCAACAACAACCUCACGUCCCAGGCUGAUACCAUGCGCCACCAAGGCGUUCCUCCGAGAUCGUGGCUCAGUUGGAUCCACUCGCCUUGA